CUUAGGCAGGCUGAUCGAAAGCGCACGGCGAAGCCUCGGCCAUGUAUUGUCCAGGAUGCGGUGUCCUCGCGGCUGGUACCUGUUUCACGCGCCACCAGUCGAUGCUCGGUGACCAACCCGUUCAAAUGUCCAUGAAACAAUGCGGUCUUGGUCAAACGCUGCCAACGACGUUAUCGAGCCUUGUCCAACGCCGUCCAGCCUUGCCUGUGAUCGUCAGUGGCUAUUCCUGCAUCUCGUCGACAGACUAACAGUAAUUGCGACUCGUGUGCCUUGUUUGGGAGAGGACUUCUGGAUCCAGUCCGCUCGUUGAAACAGAACUAUGCUGGUUAGACAGUGUGGACAACCGCUCGUCUAACGAAGCGAGAGAUGCCUAAGGGACAUCUGUGGUUUAGUGCGUGCUG